GGGCAACGCGCGGUAAGCUGUGCACGUGUGGCCACUGCGAGGUGUGGGUGGCUACGUGUGCUGCUCCCUCCACUGCCUGUGACAAGAUAUUCCAGGUAAAGUGACUGUAUUGAAAAAGAUAAGUGAAAGGAACCGAGAAAUAAUUUAUGACAUUGAAAUCUGAAAGUAAAAAAAAAAAAAAAAAAAACCGGGAAAAAGAAAGAAAAACUAGAAAAAGAAAGAGGAAAAGGAGGUGGAGGAAGGACGAAAGCAUCGGAUCGUGAACUGAAACCAAAAUGAACUAGUGACGGUCACCUCAGCGCGCCUUUUGGGGGACUGGUGACCUUUGUGAUUGAUACUCAUAGCAAGUGCCCUUUUUACCUGGUGACCUCCGCGUGCCUGGUGAUGGUCCUCAUCCCCGACAGCGGCUAUUGAACAGAGAUAGACAUGCCUGGCGGAGUAGGUACUGUCUUUACCAUCAGGGCGGCGCUCCUGCUGCUUCUGGGGUUCGUAAUACACGCAGAUACAGGAUGCGAGUGGGGAGAAGGGGAGGAGCUGCGGCGCUUCGUCAGAGUGAGAGAGGACGCAGAGGUGGGCCACAUACUCUUCGCUAUCAACGCCUCACAUCCCCACCUUCUGAGCCUCGCCCCGCUGGACAAGGAGCCUGAUGGGGUGUUCCAGGUGGUGGCAGAGGAAGGACGUGGCAAGGUGGUGGUCGCGGCGCCUCUGCAACCUCUCGUCUUGGGUCCCUCGCCUGUUAUUAAGAUGGUCCUCACUUGUAGCAAUAAUACGGUGUCCGUGCCCGUGACUGUGUAUGUUGAUGAUGUGAAUGACCACGCGCCAGUCUUCCUAGCUGAGAAUAUUACAGUUACCGUUGAUGAGCUCACGCCAGUCGGCCUCCCGAUUCUGCCGGCGAUAGGGACGAGUGAUGCCGACCGCCCCAACACCGCGAACUCCGAGGUGGAGGUGCAUAUCGUGAAGGGCAACGAGGAGAGUUACUUCACCCUGGCUGACAGGAAGCGUGGGACGGUGACUCUGGCCAGGAGUUUAGACUAUGACGCUGGACCGAAAAGUUUCCUGUUGGAGGUGGUGGCCAAGGACAUGGGGACGCCAGCACUCAGUUCCUCCAGCACCGUCAAGAUAGUAGUGCUUGAUGCUGACGACCUGCCCCCUCGCUUCAGCCACCCUCGCUACUACGCCAGGCUCGCCGAACACCCGGGUCCUAAUCCUGGCGUGAGGGUGCUGCAGGAGGUGGACGUGCUCCCUGAUGGCCUUCGUGCAAUUGACGGGGACGUGGGGCAGAACACCUCAGUCCGGUACUCGCUAGUGGACACUCCCGCCUCCAGUUUGUUCUCCAUCGACCCAGUGUCCGGGCGGCUGUUCCUCACCUCUCACCUGGACCGGGAGAGCCUCACUGAUCCCUCCCUCACCCUACAUGUCAGAGCCGAGCAGGUGGACGACGCGAGGAAGGUCGGGUCGAGCGUGGUGGUGGUGGAGGUGGAGGACGUGAACGACAACCUGCCUCACUUCUCCCAGGACGUGUAUUCUGUGUCCAUUAUCGAAAACCUCCCCACCUCCUUCAGCGUGAUGCAGGUGGCCGCCGCUGACCCUGACGAGGGCGUGAACGGUGCCUUCAGCUAUCACUUAGUAGGCGGCGGCGGUUCCUUGACCAUCAACCCGCAGUCUGGCUGGCUGACGGUGGCGAACCAAAGCAUCUUGGAUCGAGAGAAGAACCCAGUCAUCCAUCUCAGGGUCUGCGCUGAUCAACUGGCGCCCUUAACAGCUCGAUCUGGGCGCGCCUACACUCCUGCGCUGAUAGAUGAACCUGAGACGACCACAGAAACACCCAAGAUUCCAGUGGUGGAAACUGAGACGCCUGCGGAAGCGCUAGAGGUAAUUACGGAGGUGCUCAUCCCAACGGAGUACUCAGAAGCCUUGGAAGUGUUCACGGAAGUCACGACCCUUCAAGAGGACAUCAUUGAGGUUACAACUACCCAGGAGACGACCACUACUGAGCUGCCAGAGACAACGGUGGUGGAGGGUCUCUAUGGUGAUGUUCCUACUCUCGUCACGGCGCCUCUGCUUCGGGAGGUUGGCAGGCCGCAGGUGAGAACAAAAGCUCGAGACUCCACUUCUACCGUGACGCCGCCGGUGAGGAGGCGGCGGAGACAAAGAGUUCCGUUACGUAGCAGGCAAAGACGAACGAGGAGGAGCAGUGACGGUCGUCGUGGUGGGUACUCCUCUCUGACUAAGAGAGAGACUUCUGCAGGAGUGAUACGAGAGGGAGACUUAGAAACAGGACUAGAGGAAGAGAACGUGCGUGUACUCCUCAGGGUGCAAAGGAUUGAUCCCACAGCAGACAAGAAAACUCCUGAAGGCGAUAGGACUCAUCCUGAAGAAGAUGCAGUUUCGUCGCUGCCACCUGAGUCUACCCAAGGACACUCACGGCACAGGCCGCCGACGGGAGCCUACCAGUGGGGGGAGACUCGGCGCAGAGGGCACAGGUCCACCAAUGCCACUCAGGAGGAAGCAGCAUCGGUGCCCCAGUCAUGGUCGUGCGCUAGGAUCGAACUCAAUCUCCUUGACGCCAACGACAACAACCCAGUGUUCCUGCCGAGCAACCAGUACGCCUUCACCAUCACCGAGAACGCACAGCAGGGGGAUCUCAUUGGCACGAUCACUGCAGAAGACGCUGACGAAGGCAACAAUGGCCUGGUGAGGUACAGAAUACAGACUCGAGAAAAUAGCACCAAAGACACCGCCGUCAGGAGCGUGGCCGUGGGAGAGGCAGACGGCGCCCUUACCCUGCAAGAGAAGCUUCCCCCGGGCCUGCUGACGGUGCUGGUUGAGGCCUCGGACAGCCCCUUGAACCCCUCGGAGACACGCACGUCCCUGGCGGUGGUGACGAUCAGCGUUAAGGCGACACAUUCAUGGGAGCCACGGUUUGAGGGGGCGCCCUUCGAAUUAUGGGUGGGCGGCGAUGCUCCCGUGGGCACCAGCGUGGGCCAGGUGCGUGUGGUGGACAUGCCGGGCCCCGAUCUACUGUUUGACAUGUUCCACAGUUAUCCUGAAGGAGUGCCCUUCGCCAUCGAGGAGACAUCUGGCAUCGUGUCUGUGAUGAACCCUCUCAGGAAUUACUCCCGCUCCUCCUACGAGUUCGAGGCGGUGGUGACGGACGGCCGGGACUCCCUCGCCACCAAUCUGACCAUCCACGUGGCCCCCAACCGUAGGCCAGGCUCCAGGAGGGACACUGUGCUGUACUUCUCCAUACAGGAGAACUUGUCUGGCGGCGUGGUGGGGAACGUGGUAGUAGCCCUGCGGAACAUCGGCGUGCGUGUGCCUCCUGACCCACAGCUAGAACUCGUCAGUCCAGAGGCUCGUAAGUACUUCGAUCUGGCUGAGGACGCGACACUGUACACGGUAGCGCCGCUGGACUACGAGACGCACAGCAACCACACACUGGUGGUGAUGAGCGCCAGGACCUCGGAUAUUUACUACGUGCAAGUCCAGGUGGAAGAUGUGAAUGACAACCCUCCGCAGCUAAACGCCGUCAGCUACUCCGGCAUGGUGAGGGAGGACGCGCCCCCAGGCACGCCCCUCACUCUUAGCCCCACAGUGCAGGUGGUUGACGGGGACCAGUACGAUGGCUCCUCCUUUGUCCUGGAGUUGUCCGGCGACGCCUCCUCCAUUUUCUCCAUUGACUCCUCUACCGGCACCAUCUACUUCGUGGGGCAGGAGCUUGACAGGGAGGUGACUAGCUCGUACAGCCUGGUGCUGGUGGCGCGCGAUGACGGGAACCUCACCUCCACCGCCAACCUCACCAUACUCGUGCAGGACGUGAAUGACAACGCGCCCCAGUUCACGCAGAGGGAGCCACUGUUCUCAGCCAAGGAGGGGCUAAAUGAGGACAGAUCCAGGAGGCUGCCAGACACCUCCGGCCUCGAGCAUCUGGCAGACUUGGAGAGGUCACUCAUCCGAAUCCCCGAGUCUUUACCCGUCGGCAGUCGUGUGACGCAACUCUCAGCCACGGACGAGGACGACAAGACUUUCGGAGACAUUCGCUAUGCCAUUGAGUCCGAGAAGUCGUUCGGGUUUUCCACGGGCGAGGAGCGGCGGUUCAUGACGGAGACUAACAAAUUUUCGGUGGAGGCCAAGACUGGCGUGUUGGUGGUGGCCGGCAAGCUGGAGCCCAACCACUUCUAUCUGGUGAACGUGUCGGCCACUGACGGAGGCGGCUUGUCCUCACACUCCGUAGCCGCCAUCGCUGUGUUUGACAUCAACGACCACACGCCGCGUUUUGAGCGUCCCGUGUACAACUUUGAGGUGGUUGAGGGUGACUACUUGGUUGGGGAGGUGGGCAAGGUGGCGGCUUACGACCAUGACUUGGGAGAGAACGGCAAUGUUCAUUAUGAAAUCGUCCUGUAUGGAAACGCAAGCCGGGACCACGUGUUCCCCUUCAGACUUGACGAGACGACGGGCGCCAUCCUCACCACGGGCUCGGUGGACAGAGAGGAGCAGGACGCGUAUGAGUUCUCAGUGAUAGCCUCGGACAGUGGGCAGCCGCGGCUCUCCUCCUCCGUCAUGGUUCACAUUGAUAUUAUAGACAUCAACGACCACCACCCAGUUUUCUACGGCUACCAGGACGUUCUGCAGCCUCCAGACGCUCCUGAUGACUACCCUGAAGACCACGCUGGCGCCACCCCGGUAUAUUUAUCUGAAGUCUCUGAAAAAGCCCCGAAAUUCACCACAAUCACUCAGGUUUACGCCAACGACUCGGACUCAAACUCUUCAGGAAAUGGUCUCGUCUUGUAUAAACUGGAGGGCGGUGAGGACAAAUUCGCUAUAGACUCCAAGAAUGGGUCAGUGUACACCAUUGGACCACUGGACUACGAGCGAUGGGCCGAGUACCAGCUGACAGUGGUGGCUCAGGACCUGGGCACCCCGCCACUCACCGCCUCCGCCCUCCAGGUGACAGUGGUGGAUGUGGAGGAGGAGCUGACCACUAGACUCUUUGAACGGGAGGAAUAUCAGGUGGCGGUCAUGGAGAACAACGAUACUCCACUGAUGCUGCUGGACCUGAACGUGACGGAGAACGCGCCUCGUCACCCACACUUCCAGCUGGUGGCGGCGGAGGAGCCCGAGGUGGUGGCGGUGGACGCUUCAUCAGGCAAGGUGUUCCUGGUGGCCAGCCUGGACAGAGAAACCAAGGACACCUACCACUUCAAGAUCAAGGCAGAACAAGCGCCACACGGAGUCUCACCAUUGCAACUGCCGGAAUACACCAUCACCUCCGCUGGCACCUCCGUCGUCCGCGCUGCCAAGUCUCUCCCACUCAAGUCAAGACAGAAGGAGGACGCUGUAGGAACAUCCCUCUUCUUCCUCAACUCCACAGACUACGAGGAUGAUCUGAAGGCGCUGCUAAGGGUGCCUGCCGAGGUGGUGCCCCUGGGUAGCUACCUGUCCCCCGUCCAGGCCACCAGUUCUAGACCCCCUGUUCGAAUCCUUCAGGUCUCAGACAGCACCCGUUCCAAGCCCGUGGAGGAGCUGGCGCUGGACGAGGUGUGGGUGACGGUGGUGGUGGAGGAUCAGAACGAUAACCCGCCCAUGUUUAUGCCUCACGGGCGCCCCAUAGUUGCCGCCGUCCCCGCCACCGCCUCCUACGGGCAGUUUGUGACAAGGAUAGUGACUCACGAUCCGGACCUUGGACUGAACGGUAAGGUGCGCUACGAGAUCCUGCCGGGGGAAGGUGCUAGGGAGGCGCUCACGAAGUUCACAGUGGAUCCUGCUACUGGCCAGGUGGUGGUGGUUGGGACGCUCGCCGAGGAUGUGGGGCGGAUGUUUGGUCUUGACGUGCGGGCCACAGACAGGGACGGCGACACUACCGGCCGCUCAGCCAUCGCCAAUGUGUUUGUGCACGUGCUGGGCCCUGGUGGUCACCUAGUGGUAGAGAUGGCAGCGGCGCCCCGAGCGGUGGAGCCUCACCUGGAUGCCAUACAAGAAAUGCUGUCGAACCUCACAGCGCUGGAGGUUCGCGUGCAGAGAAUCGCAGCUCACGUGGAAGGCGACGCAGCUCAUACCGGAGCGACGGACGUGUACGUGUAUGGUGUGGACCCAGUGACUCAGACCGUGGUGGAGGGCGUGAAGCUGCGGCACGCCCUCAGAGGUCGCCGCGGGCACCUGGAUGCCAUGUUACCCUCAGGACUCCAGCUCAAGGGCCUCAGACUGCCGCUACCUUCCCGCUCCGGCCACGUACUGCAGACCGCGGAGGUGGCCAUCCUGGCAGGGGCGGUGGUGGUGUUCCUGCUCACGGUGACAGCCAUCGUGUGUCUGUGCUUUAAGCAGCGAAAGAGCCGCCGCAAGCCCAUGCCUCUGCCACCCCUGGUGACCACAGGGGGCAUGCCGGUGAUGCCCAUGGCCUAUCCUGGGCCCUUUGGCGCCCCUUACACCCACAUGAGUGACCACAGCAGUGCUGACUCCACCGAGGCCCAGGAGCCUCCCCACGACCACCACCACUACCCCGCCGACAUGGCCCAUUACCCCCAGGAGGCACCUCGCUUCCCCCACGACCACGGCCACCGCCCACGCUCCAUCAUGAGGCAUCCCCAACCCCGCUGUGCUCACUCCUGUGUUUCAGAAAUUGAGCAUUCCUGCCCAACCCAUACGGACGAGGACGAAACAACUUCCAUGUGUGCUCGCCACAUGGCCUCGAGGAAGAGGCGGCGUGGUGGGGAGGGCGCGUCCAGACUGGGCGGCCGCAUCCCGGAGGAGUCCAGUUCUGACCUCGACGAGCGGGAUCACGCGCCUCCGACAGUCUCAGUACCUGGACAGCCCAAGUGUUGCGCGCGAGACAGGUACGGGAGGAACAUGAGGAACACCAGAGGGCUGCCCACUGUGGACUGUUCCGUCGCCUCCUCUACCAGGACUCACUCCCCGGACAGCCUGGAGCAGCACCCACAGUUGCACGGCCGCGCCGCCAUCCACACCAUCCCGCGCACCCACCUAAAGCGAGCAGGUGACCUAGGUGGGCCCAAGCCAAGCGACGUGACAGAGUUAUAAGCAUACUGAAGGCGUCACCUGAGGACACUCGUCUGCCCGCCUUCAGAUGGUGUAGUUUUAAGGUUUUCUUACAAUGACUAUCUUUGGCAGCAUCAUCUACAGCACGUGAGAUGCAAUGUAAGGUGCACAAUACAACAACGAAGGUUUGCCGUCCGCAUCACCACCAGGAGUGAGGUGUUCAUAUACAUUAAGCAAGUUUUGUAGGUAUGUUAAAGAAAUUAUUUAAGGUGUUAGUUUGAACGCCCGGCAGCGGUGUUCAGCUGGCAGCGGUGUUCGGCCGGCGUGUGUGUUCACUGGUUGAUAAUUGUGUUCGUUGUGAUGAGAUUUGCGAGAUGUGCCAAAUGAAAAUACUCGUAAGACUAUAAUUGCAGGUAGCAUUAAGUGCAUCGCUGUACAGGCUUUUGGUGCGCACAUUUGUACACACGCGAUAUGGAAAAUGUAACACUCACUGCACUGUUCAAACCAAAAAAAUAUAUGUAUAUAAAAACACUAGAAAGAA